AUGGGCUGCUGUUUCUCUAGCGGCAGAAAUACCAAUGACUCCGGUAACCGCCCAGCCGGUGUCUCUUCUCAGCAUAUCGUAUCUUCACAGAAUAUAAAUACGUUCUCUCCGCAUCAGUCCUCCUCUGCCGUAAACGAUACCCCACGCGCUUCUCACAGUCGUCGACCGCUACAGGCCUCGGAGACGGACUCAGUGCGCUCCAUAGCUCCAAACAGUCCUCUUAAAGCGAUACCCUCUGCUCGCCGAUCACAUACGCCACACAAAGAAAUAUGGACGCUUUCAAGACUGCGGCGCGAAAGAGAAGAGUACUUCGACACCCGCACCAGCGGGCGGUCUGAAACAUGGCUCGUUGUGCGGAGCAUUACGACUAUGAUACGCGACGGGAACGUCUCUGAGGCUCAGGCCAUGCUCGAUGCGGCCGGCUGCACAUGCCCGACAGGAAGCUUGUGGAAGGGGGUUUGGGACGAGCUGGGUGCAUACUAUCCUGUUCCCGAGUGGGUCGUCGUCGAACCGGAGGAGCUGGCAGACGAAACAGACGAUGACGAAGGCAAAGGUACCGCCGGCACCGGAGAGCCAGAAGACGUAGAUGAGGAGGGCAGGACAGCGCAAGAGAGAAAGGACGAGAAAGGCAAGGGCAGGGCCAUGGCAGUUACGGAGUCAGAUGCUGGAAAAAUAGUAAAAGUGCGGGCGCGACUAAGCGAUCGAUCAACAGAUGUGGUGAUCAAAAUAGGACAGGAUGAGAAGAUCAGCGUUCUGGUGAGGAGGAUAAAGACGGCUGCUCAGUUACCAGUGACCACAAAGGUUAGAAUCGGCUACCUUGGCAGAAUACUCCCAGAACAACAGUCUCUUUCAUCUCAAAACUGGAAUCCUCAGCAUAUCGUCAACGCCCUGGUAUUUGAGACCGAGUGA